ACAGCGCAGUUGAGAGUAGAGUAUGGCUCGUGAAGUGAUAUGUACUUCGAAGGAAGGAGGAGGCCUGUGUCAUUUUGUUACUCUGAAGCUAAUAGCGUGAAAGAAGCUCACGAUAGUCCAGAGCGAAAAUAGUCAUAUAAUCCCGGAACUCCACGUAGGUGAUCGCAAAAAUCAGAGCACACAGUUAUCGUGUACUCAAAAUGUACCACUACAUACUCGGUGUAGUUACGAUUAGCUAAACCAUAUUGUCUCUCAGCUUCUUCAAUCAAGUGACGAAUUUCAUCAAAAAACAGAUUUUUCGUAGUGGUCGGAUCUGCAUCUAUCAUGGGCUGCAGCAUAGUCUUGACUCUUUGCAUUUGUUCACUAUUGUGGAGCGUCAGAAUAGAGGCUCAGCAGUGCGCCAAUGGAGAUGUGAUUCUGACUAACGGAACCGGACCGCACGAGGGAAGAGUGGAAGUAUGCGGCAAUGGAACGUGGGGAGCAGUCUGUGACGACGGAUGGGGCGACAGUGAGGCUGCAGUGGUUUGCAGACAACUUGGAUACACUAGCACCGGAGCUACAGCUCUUAGCACCGGAUACUUUGGUACUGGUGGUGGCUUCAUACUCAUGGACGAGGUGGCAUGCACCGGAAAUGAGACAGAGCUGACUUUGUGCUCUCACAACUCAAGCCAUGACUGCAGCCACAGUGAAGAUGCCUCGGUGCAGUGUCGCUGCGCCGACGGAGAAGUAUCUCUUGUCGGAGGAUCUGGACCCCACGAGGGAAGGGUUCAAGUGUGCAAAAACGGAGUGUGGGGAACAGUUUGCGACGACAGCUGGAGUGCAUACGAUGCUAUUGUUGUUUGCAGACAACUUGGAUAUACAAAUAUUAGU